CCGGUGCACUCUUUAAGGGCGGGGAGUGUUCUAACCAUCAACUUAGCUCCAAGUACUGGUAGAGCAGGUUUUUGUAGGGUUAGUUAACAUUAAAACAACUUCACAGCCUACUUUUUUUGCAUGUGCCUUUCCACUGGAGCCCUCACUCGUCUGAUCUAACGUACCUUUAUCUUCACAACCACCAUGUUUUUGACCAAAAAAAUCAUAGGAGGGAUUCUGGAUGUUGUCGGCAAUAUUGACCCAGGGCAGUUUACUCCCUCUAAUCCACCUCCUGUUAGAAGACCUCUAGUACAGGGUCAGGCUCAGCCGAAUGAGAGUGAAGAGGAAAGACAGUUUCGCAAAGUUUUCCAACAGCUCGCUGGAGAUGACAUGGAAGUGAGUUCCACUGAACUGAUGAACAUUCUCAACAAGAUUCUCACCAAACAUCACGACCUAAAGACUAAUGGGUUCUCAAUUGAGUCUUGCAGGAGCAUGGUGGCAGUGAUGGACAGUGACAGCUCUGGAAAGUUGGGCUUUCAGGAGUUCAAGUACCUGUGGAACAAUAUCAAGAAGUGGCAGGGCAUCUAUAAGCAAUAUGAUGCAGACCGUUCUGGGACAAUCGGGGCGGAUGAGUUGCCGGCUGCAUUCAGAGCAGCAGGGUUUCCUCUCAAUGACCAAAUCUUCCAGAUGAUCAUUCGCAGAUACAGUGAUGAAAGUGGCAACAUGGACUUUGACAGCUACAUUGGGUGCCUGGUGCGACUGGAUGCAAUGUGCCGUGCUUUUAAAACACUUGACAAGGACAACAGCGGUUCUGUCAAGAUUAACGUUAAAGAGUGGCUGCAGCUGACUAUGUACUCCUAAAUCAAGAGCAAUCUUCUCUGUUCAAUUCCACAUUAUACUUUUAGUUCAUCAUAAGAAAAUGUACCUCUGAUUGUACAGACUUUCUUUCUUCAUCAAAAAAAAAUCGUUUAUUGUUGUUUAAUUAGGCCUAAUAGCCCAAAUGUUGUCAGGUCCAUUUGGAUCAUGUAAAGUCUUGUCACUAGGGGGCAUAUUUGUGUUUACAUAAUGCUUACUCUAAAGGCUCCCACAGUUGGUUUUUGGAGACAAAGCUGCAAGAAAGAGGAGUGUGGAUUCAUUUAUUUCCAUAUGGAAGAAAAAUAUAUGUACACAUGUCUUUCAUUUUGUUUCCAAAAUGAUAACUUUACAGGAGAGGGAAAAACAUACUUAACCUGUAAUGGAAGAUAACGUGAAAUAAAUAAAGUAGUUUUGGACCAUU